CCGGCCCUGCUCGGUGAUGGGCAGCGCUGCGGCCCCCAGCCCGUCCAGGGCGGCUCCUCCUUCUUUUCCUGCUCCUUUUCCUUCUUUUCCUGCUCCUUUUCCUUCUUUUCCUGCUCCUUUUCCUCUCGGUCCCGAGCCCCAGCCGGCCCCGCUCCGCCCCGGCUCCUGCUGACUCUGCCGCCUUCCCUCUCCCGGCCUGCGGAGCGGGCCCCAGGAAACUUGAACUUCACUGUAGAAGAAGACCCGUCACUCUCUUAAUUUCUGGACUAUAACCAGAACAGGCCAUCAGGAUGUCUGGGGCCUCGGUGAAGGUGGCCGUUCGGGUCAGGCCCUUCAAUUCCCGCGAGACCAGCAAAGAAUCCAAGUGCAUCAUCCAGAUGCAAGGCAACUCAACCAGUAUUGUCAACCCAAAGAACCCCAAAGAAGCGCCAAAGUCCUUCAGUUUUGACUACUCUUACUGGUCUCACACUUCGCCUGAAGAUCCUUGCUUCGCAUCCCAGAACCGGGUGUACAAUGACAUUGGCAAAGAAAUGCUUUUGCAUGCCUUUGAGGGCUACAAUGUCUGCAUCUUUGCCUACGGACAGACAGGUGCCGGGAAAUCCUACACGAUGAUGGGCAAGCAGGAAGAAAGUCAGGCGGGCAUUAUCCCACAGUUAUGUGAGGAGCUGUUUGAGAAAAUCAACGACAAUAAUAAUGAGGAGAUGUCCUACUCCGUGGAGGUGAGUUACAUGGAAAUUUACUGCGAGAGAGUCCGGGACUUGCUGAAUCCGAAGAACAAGGGUAAUUUACGGGUCCGAGAACACCCUCUUCUUGGGCCUUACGUAGAAGACCUCUCCAAGCUGGCAGUUACUUCUUACACAGACAUUGCAGACCUCAUGGAUGCUGGGAACAAAGCCAGGACUGUGGCAGCUACCAACAUGAACGAGACCAGUAGUCGUUCCCACGCUGUGUUUACCAUUGUUUUUACCCAGAAGAAACAUGAUUCUGAAACGGACCUUUCCACUGAGAAGGUCAGUAAGAUUAGCCUGGUGGAUCUGGCUGGGAGUGAGAGAGCUGAUUCAACUGGGGCCAAAGGGACUCGGUUAAAGGAAGGAGCAAAUAUCAACAAAUCUCUCACAACUCUGGGAAAAGUCAUUUCAGCUUUAGCAGAAGUUGAUAACUGCACCAGCAAGAGUAAAAAGAAGAAGAAAACAGAUUUUAUUCCAUACAGGGAUUCUGUGCUCACUUGGCUUCUACGGGAAAACCUAGGUGGGAACUCUAGGACUGCAAUGGUAGCUGCUCUGAGUCCAGCUGAUAUCAACUAUGAUGAAACUUUGAGCACUUUAAGAUAUGCAGACCGGGCAAAGCAAAUUAAAUGUAAUGCUGUUAUUAAUGAGGAUCCCAAUGCCAAACUGGUGCGUGAAUUGAAGGAGGAAGUGACAAGACUGAAGGAUCUCCUGCGCGCUCAAGGGUUGGGAGAUAUUAUCGACAUUGAUCCAUUGAACGAUGAUUUCUCUGGAAGUGGAAGCAAAUAUCUGAAAGAUUUUCAGAACAAUAAGCAUAGGUACUUGCUAGCCUCUGAGAACCAACGACCUGGCAAUUUUUCCACAGCAUCCAUGGGGUCCCUUACUGCAUCUCCAUCUUCCUGCUCACUCAGUAGUCAGGUGGGCCUAACGUCAGUGACCAGUAUUCAGGAGAGGAUCAUGUCUACCCCUGGAGGAGAGGAGGCCAUCGAACGUCUAAAGGAAUCGGAGAAGAUCAUUGCUGAGCUGAAUGAGACCUGGGAAGAGAAACUGCGCAAGACGGAGGCCAUCAGGAUGGAGAGGGAGGCCUUGCUUGCUGAGAUGGGAGUUGCCAUCCGGGAAGAUGGAGGAACCCUGGGGGUCUUCUCACCAAAAAAGACACCACAUCUUGUUAACCUCAAUGAAGAUCCCCUCAUGUCAGAGUGCCUGCUGUACUACAUCAAAGAUGGCAUCACAAGGGUUGGCCAGGCAGAUGCUGAGAGGCGUCAAGACAUUGUGCUGAGUGGGGCCCACAUCAAAGAGGAGCACUGUGUCUUCCGCAGUGAGAGGAAUCACAAUGGGGAAGUCCUUGUGACCUUGGAACCCUGUGAGCGUUCAGAAACCUACGUCAACGGCAAGAGGGUUGUUCAGCAUGUGCAACUGCGCUCAGGAAACCGCAUCAUCAUGGGUAAAAAUCAUGUUUUCCGUUUCAACCAUCCGGAGCAAGCGAGGGCUGAGCGGGAGAAGACACCAUCUGCCGAGACCCCUUCUGAGCCAGUGGACUGGACCUUUGCCCAGAGGGAGUUGCUAGAGAAGCAGGGCAUUGAUAUGAAGCAGGAGAUGGAGAAAAGACUCCAGGAAAUGGAGAUCCUGUACAAGAAAGAGAAAGAGGAAGCCGACCUUUUGCUGGAACAACAGAGACUGGAUUAUGAAAGUAAAUUGCAGGCCUUGCAGAAGCAGGUUGAAACCCGUUCCCUGGCUGCUGAAACUACUGAGGAGGAGGAGGAGGAGGAAGAGGAAGUUCCCUGGACCCAACAUGAGUUUGAGCUGGCACAGUGGGCUUUCCGGAAAUGGAAAUUUCACCAGUUCACCUCACUGCGGGACCUGCUGUGGGGGAAUGCAGUUUACCUGAAGGAAGCCAACGCCAUCAGUGUGGAGCUGAAGAAAAAGGUGCAGUUUCAGUUCGUCCUGCUCACUGAUACACUGUACUCCCCCCUGCCCCCUGAGUUACUGCCCCCGGAGAUAGAAAAAACCCAGGAUGACAGGCCCUUUCCUCGGACAGUGGUGGCUGUGGAAGUUCAGGAUCUGAAGAAUGGAGCAACACAUUACUGGUCCCUGGAGAAACUCAGGCAGAGGCUGGAGCUGAUGCGGGAAAUGUAUGACCGGGCAGGGGAAAUGGCCUCCAGUGCCCAGGAGGAAGGCGAGACUUCGUUGACCGGCAGUGAUCCAUUUUAUGAUCGGUUCCAUUGGUUUAAGCUGGUCGGCAGCUCCCCUAUUUUCCACGGCUGUGUGAAUGAGCGCCUUGCUGACCGCACGCCCUCCCCCACUUUUUCCACGGCCGAUUCCGACGUCACCGAGCUGGCCGACGAGCAGCAGGACGAGAUGGAGGACUUUGACGACGAGGCAUUCGUGGAUGACGCCGGCUCUGAUGCAGGGACAGAGGAGGGAUCGGAUCUCUUCAGUGAUGGGCACGACCCAUUUUACGACCGAUCCCCUUGGUUCAUUUUAGUGGGAAGGGCGUUUGUCUACCUGAGCAAUCUGCUGUAUCCUGUGCCCCUAAUUCACCGAGUGGCUGUUGUCAGUGAGAAAGGGGAAGUGCGGGGAUUUCUACGCGUGGCAGUGCAAGCUAUCGCAGCUGAUGAAGAAGCCCCUGAUUACGGAUCUGGCAUUCGGCAGUCUGGAACAGCUAAAAUUUCUUUUGAUAAUGAGUAUUUUAAUAAGAGUGACUUUUCUUCUGUGGCGAUGACUCGCUCUGGGCUGUCGUUGGAGGAACUGAGGAUUGUGGAAGGACAGGGGCAGAGUACCGAGGUCAUCAGUCCUCCAGAAGAGAUAAAUCGAAUGAAUGAACUGGGCAUUUCAGACUUGAAGUCAGGCACUUUGCUGGAUGGCAAGAUGGUGAUGGAAGGGUUCUCUGAGGAGGCUGGUGACCACCUGAAGCUGGGCAACGUGUUCACGUUCCGAGUGACCGUACUGCAGGCCAGCGGCAUCCUCCCUGAGUACGCGGAUAUCUUCUGCCAGUUCAACUUUUUACAUCGCCAUGAUGAAGCUUUCUCCACGGAACCCCUUAAAAACAAUGGCAGGGGCAGUCCCCUGGGCUUUUAUCACGUCCAGAAUAUUGCAGUGGAAGUGACUGAGUCCUUUGUGGAGUACAUCAAAAGCAAGCCUAUUGUCUUUGAAGUGUUUGGCCACUAUCAGCAUCACCCUCUUCAUUUGCAAGGACAGGAGCUUAACAGCCCUCCCCAGCCCUCCCGGCGAUUCUUCCCACCACCAAUGCCACUCUCCAAACCAGUGCCAGCUACAAAAUUAAACACCAUGAGCAACACAAGCUUGGGCCAGAGCAUGAGCAAGUAUGACCUCCUUGUUUGGUUUGAAAUCAGCGAGCUGGAGCCCACAGGAGAGUACAUCCCCGCUGUCGUGGACCAUACCGCAGGCCUGCCAUGCCAGGGGACCUACCUGCUUCACCAGGGGAUCCAGCGUCGGAUCACAAUGACCAUUAUCCACGAGAAGGGCAGUGAGCUACAUUGGAAAGAUGUGCGGGAGCUGGUGGUGGGCCGCAUCCGGAACAAAGCGGAGGUGGAUGAAGCUGCGGUGGAUGCCAUCUUGUCCCUGAACAUCAUCUCUGCCAAGUACCUCAAGUCUUCGCAUAAUUCUAGCAGGACUUUCUAUCGUUUUGAGGCAGUUUGGGAUAGUUCCCUGCAUAAUUCCCUCCUGCUGAACAGAGUGACACCAUACGGGGAGAAGAUCUUCAUGACCCUGUCCGCGUACCUGGAGCUCGACCACUGCAUCCAGCCAGCUGUGAUCACCAAAGAUGUGUGUAUGGUCUUCUAUUCCCGCGACGCCAAGAUCUCGCCCCCUCGCUCUCUGCGUAACCUCUUUGGCAGUGGCUACUCCAAGUCCCCAGACGCUAACCGGGUCACCGGAAUCUACGAACUCAGCUUGUGCAAAAUGGCAGACACAGGCAGCCCAGGCAUGCAGAGGAGGAGGAGGAAAGUGCUGGACACCUCGGUGGCAUACGUCCGGGGUGAGGAGAACCUGGCCGGCUGGCGGCCCCGAGGAGACAGCCUGAUUCUCGAGCAUCAGUGGGAACUGGAGAAACUGGAGCUGCUGCAUGAGGUGGAGAAGACCCGGCACUUCCUGCUCCUGCGGGAGAAGCUCAGCGACAGCCUCCCCAAAUCCCUGAGUGAGUCGCUGUCCCCCAGCGCCAGCAGCGGGACCCUGAGCACCUCCACCAGCAUCUCCUCUCAGAUCUCCACCACCACCUUCGAGAGCGCCGUCACCCCCAGCGAGAGCAGCGGCUACGACUCGGCCGACAUCGAGAGCCUGGUGGAUCGCGAGAAGGAGCUGGCCACCAAGUGCCUGCAGCUGCUCACUCACACCUUCAACCGAGAAUUCAACCAAGUGUACAACAGCAUCAGCGACUGUAAGCUGUCUGAUAUCUCACCAAUUGGGCGGGAUCCCUCAGUGUCCAGUUUCAGCAGUUCCACUCUCACCCCUUCAUCCACCUGCCCCUCUCUGACCGACUCCAGGUGCAACUCAGUGGAUCAAAAGACCCCUGAAGCCAACUCUCGGGCCUCCAGUCCCUGCUGCCCGGAGUUCGAACAGUUCCAGCUGAUCCCCGCGGUGGAAACUCCCUUCUUGGCCCGUGCCGGAAAGAACGAGUUCCUCAACCUUGUGCCUGACAUCGAAGAGAUUAGACCUGGCUCCGUGGUCUCCAAGAAGGGGUAUCUCCAUUUCAAGGAACCGCACUCCAGCCACUGGGCCAAGCACUUCGUGGUGGUCCGUCGCCCGUACGUUUUCAUCUACAACAGCGACAAGGACCCCGUGGAGCGGGGCAUCAUCAACCUGUCCACGGCCCAGGUGGAGUUCAGUGAAGACCAGCAGGCCAUGGUGAAGACUCCCAACACCUUUGCCGUGUGCACAAAACACCGUGGAGUCCUGCUGCAGGCCAUCAAUGAUAAGGACAUGAAUGACUGGUUAUACGCCUUUAACCCACUCCUCGCAGGCACAAUCCGGUCGAAACUCUCCCGCAUUCGCACCGGCCAACUGAAAUUCUGAGCCCCAGAGGGGCACCCUCUCUCGCCUUCAGAUCUAGAUCAAGUGUUACCUCCCAUUUCUCUCUGUGAUUCUUGACCGUUUCUCUUGUAUGUAAUCCUGUGGCUUAACUUCUCCUCUCCAUCCCCCAACACUUUUUCGAGCUCUCCUGCCUCCCUUCUCCUCCGCCACGUCUUUUCUUUUCUC